CUCGGCGCCUGUGUUGAUCGCCUGAAGAUUUCGGAGAAGCGGAAACGUGGCCCUGAGCCCGUAUUUGAAGACCCGAGUCUGCCAAUGGAGCUGCCCGCCAAGCGCACCCCGAAGCGGGGUAUCUUGAAGCCAGUCAAGUUGACUGGACGAUUGACUCGCUCGAAGUCCAAGAAAGGUGGAGGAGGACUCACCCCCACAUCAACCUCUAAGAAGAUCGCUACUCCUUUGUCCAAGCGGCGCACCCCGUCGAAGAAGAAGAAUCCGAGCUUGACGCCGCUCUCGAAAGCUUCCCUAGAGCGCCUGCGAUAUCGGGACAACGUUCUUCGGGAGCUGAAGGACCUCGAUACCACGAAGCUGCAACGGAUUUGUCGAGAGGAGGACAUCCAUUAUGAUAAGAAGUUUGAAGCAAUCUUUGAUAUCGCGGAUCACCGAACCAAGCGAGCCUUUGCCAGUGCACUGGCCAGAGUCGAACUUGAACGGAACGCGAUCUCCGACGAUACGAACGCCGAGCAGGAGGAUGCACCUGCCACCGAUGUGUGAACGCGGUUAUCUAUACCGCAGCUCUGGAAGGUUUGCCGCUUUCUUUCUCAUCCUUGGUGUGAGUCCACGAAAGUAGACAAACGCGUUGAGAAACUGCUCCGUCUUACCUUUCUUUUGCUUGCAGUCCAAAAACAGAUACGUUGGGCUAAUAAAUUUGUUGACUGUUG